AACUCAUGUGCCCCCACAUUUGAACUAAUUCUUAUCUGCAAGACUAUACAAUAGUUGACAGCUGCCUUUAUAUAUAUGUAUAUAUUUUGAACCACGACAAGCUACAGAACCUCAGAUAAGUCAAGAGAGAGAGAGAGAGAGAGAUGAAGAGAAGAAGAGAAACAGAAAAACAAAGCUCAUCGGAGUUAAGAUCCGCUAUUGAAGAGCUUUCUUUGUUAGCUGUCAUGAAGCUCAAGCAUCAUCAUCAUCAUGAUCCUGUUGCUGCAAAUCAUCAGCAAAAUGACACUCAUCUGCCCAUCAAACCUUUUCUUGCUCUCUGCAACUUCCUUCUACAUCUUCUUGAUAAGAUAGGGCCGACAAUGGUUGUUAUGAGACAAGACAUCAGUCGGAAUAUACAGAGGUUGGAGAAGAUGCAAGAAUCAGACCCUAAACUUUAUUCAAAUGUUGUGGAGAUACUUAAGAAAGAAGCAAAUGAAGGCACAUCAAAAAAGGUUACUAGUUCUAGCAAAGCCUUCCUUUGGUUAACUAGAUCUUUAGACUUUACAGUUAAUCUAAUGACACUGAUAGAACAAGAUAGCGCGGUGAACAUGGAGGAAGCCGUUGAAGAAGCAUACGAAUCGACGCUAAAGCCAUGGCAUGGAUGGAUCUCUUCCACGGCUUAUAGAGUAGCACGGAAACUAGUUCCUGAUAACAAAACCAUGCUUGAGAUUCUCUUAUCUGAAGCGAAAGAUGAAGAAAACCUCAAAGAUGACCUAAAGACCUUUACGACUUUGCUUAUACCACUUCUAGAUGAAAUACACUCAGUUUUGAAAACCUAUGGAUUGAACCAGCUGAAGGCAACUUAAACUGAAGAGCGCAACGUGAUAACGGUUUAGAAACAACAAACACUAUGUGUAUCGUUGUAAUUUUCAUACAGUAGAUCAUAGAAUACUAAAUGACACUGAUUGGAAAAGGUACAUAUGACAAUAGUUUACCAUCUGUUACUGAUAUAUGUUGUCACAGUUACCUUUUUCACGUAUAUUGUAACCCCAUGCUAAUUCCUGUGUAAAUAUAUAUUUUUUUACAUUUGGGACCAA